UAAACAGCCCAGUCUCUCCCUUCUUUCUCUUUCUCCACCUCCUCCCUCUCACCCUCUCCCUCACUCUCUCUCUCUGUCAGCCCAGCGCUCGGUGCAUCCACUGUCGUUUCUAACGGGGGAUAAUACAGCGCCACCCGUACUGCUCCCUCAACUCUGGCCACAAAAUAAAGGAAGCAGACGGUGACAGCAUCAGCAUUAGCAACAGGAGACUCCUCUCUGAUCUCCUCCUCCUCUCCUUUUGUCUAAGACUCCUCCUCUCUCUGUCUCUCUCUCUCUCCCAGAGACUCCCUCGUUCCCUCCAGAUGAGAUCUUCUCCACAUCCGGACGGACGGAUCGGGAGCUGACAGCAUGCUGUGCCAGUGAACCAGCCAUAGGAAGAACAAGAAGGAAUCUACACCGACUGAAGACGAAUUUGAACUAUCGCAAAUACGUGCAACUCCUGUGUAAAGAAGAAGAAGCAGCAUUGGAAGAGCCCCUAGCAGCAGGCACCGCUGAGUUAAAGCUUCUGCCUGGCUGCCCAGCACCACCAUGGCUGAGAGUCGAAGGGAAGCCCUGGCAGCGGCCCCGAUGUCCACCACUGCCUCCACGGUCGGUGCCAACGCUACCGACAUCUCCGGCACCGGAUCCAGCGAGGACUUCUCCAAGCUCAAGGACAAGUUCAUGAAUGAGCUCAACAAAAUCCCACUGCCAAAUUGGGCCAUCGUCUCCAUCGCCUUCGUGGCCGUGGUCCUGGUCCUCUCCUGCUGCUUCUGCAUCUGCAAGAAGUGGAUAUUCAAGAAGAAGAACAAAAAGAAGGGCAAAGACAAGGGCAAGAAUGCCAUCAACAUGAUGGACGUGAACGACGGUGCGAAAACCGAGGCCUUGAAGGAUGAGGAUGACGCUGAGACAGGCCUGACCGAUACGGAGAAAGACCCCGAACCCAAGGAGGAAGAGAAACUGGGCAAAUUACAGUUCAGCCUGGAUUACAAUUUCACCGAGAAUACGCUCAUAGUAGGGAUCAUACAAGCAGCGGACCUUCCAGCCAUGGACAUGGGCGGCACCUCGGACCCCUAUGUCAAGGUCUACCUGCUACCUGACAAGAAGAAGAAGUUUGAGACCAAGGUCCACCGGAAGACCCUAAACCCCACCUUCAACGAGCAGUUCCAAUUCAAGGUGCCCUACGUCGAGCUGGGAGGCAAGACGCUGAUGAUGACGGUGUACGACUUUGACCGUUUCUCCAAGCACGACGCCAUCGGAGACGUGAAGCUGCCCAUGAACAAGAUUGACUUUAGUCACGUGACAGAGGAGUGGCGGGAUCUUGUGAGCGCCGAGAAGGAGGAGCAAGAGAAGCUGGGUGAUAUCUGCUUCUCCCUGCGAUACGUGCCCACCGCCGGCAAGCUGACCGUGGUCAUCCUGGAGGCCAAGAACCUGAAGAAGAUGGACGUGGGAGGCUUGUCAGAUCCCUACGUGAAGAUCCACCUGAUGCAGAACGGGAAGAGGCUGAAGAAGAAGAAGACGACAAUCAAGAAGAACACCCUCAACCCUUACUACAACGAGUCCUUCAGCUUUGAAGUGCCAUUCGAACAAAUCCAGAAAGUUCAAGUUGUUGUAACUGUUCUGGACUAUGACAAGAUCGGCAAGAACGAUGCCAUCGGCAAGGUCUUUGUGGGCCUCAACAGCUCGGGGACGGAGCUGCGCCACUGGUCGGAUAUGCUCGCCAACCCCAGGAGACCCAUCGCCCAGUGGCAUGUGCUGAAGGUGGAGGAGGAGGUGGACGCUCAGCUCUCCACAAAAAAAUAGGCAGGGCCCUUUCAGCUCCUGCCCCAUAGUGUUCUUUAGCCAGUAUGUGUAAAUACCUCAGUGAUAUAUGGGUCCAUCCACCAUCAAACCAAUCCAGCCAACACCCAUCCUUCCCACCAACUCCAUACUACUUGUCUUAUCGCCUUCUUUUGUAAUUGUUAAUGGUUCUUUCAAAACCCUAGGCCCUGAUGUUCAGAUUUGUGUUUCUAUUUGUCAGGUUGGGAGUCCCCGCCCCUGACUAUGUUGUCCAUCUCUACGCCCUGAUUCCCCCUAACCAAAUGCCCCCUUUUAAGCAAUAUGAUCUGUAUAGAUAGCGCAUGACUGAAAGACAUUUAUUGUACGACAGUUGUAUAUAUCAGUCUGCAGACAAAAAUUAUUUCUAAUUUAUGUUGGUAUGUUGUUACCCGUUUCCUAAUCGAUGUAUAUCUGGAUGUUUUUAAUAAGAUGUUCUAUUUUAAAUUAUGUAAAUGCAGAUAUAGGAGAGACGAUAUUAUAUAUUACAGGAUAAAAAAAUUCGACCUUAAUUGCAUUCCAGAGGAAGAAGAAAGCAAUUCCAACCUGCAAGAUGCUAGUGGAAGUAUAGUCACAUUGUAAAGGACGGUGUCUGGCUUUAUGUUUACUACUGAACCGUUGCAAAGACAAGUUGAAAUACACAGAAAACUAGGCCGUUAACUACUAUGGUUUCAUGGGAAAAUAUAUGCUGCUGGAUAGUAUACAAGCACAUGGUUUCUUCUACGCUUUUUGAUACACAUUUCUCCAUCAGAGGACCUACUUGUUUUGCUUGAAACACAAUGUUCUGGAGGAUCUCUCAAAUCGAUGCAAACUGGUUAGCCUUUUUCCUUUUCCUUAAGCAGGGCAUCACCUUGUGACACAGUCAGUUACUUUUAAGUGAAAUAGGUCCUCAUUUGAAAGGGCAUCUUUUCUUUUCUUUUUUUUUUUUACAGACCGGUCCUCUUAAACCCAAACGACUAUUCCGCCAACCCCCCCUCGGAAACUGACCCUCGGAAACUGACCCCAUAUGAAAUAGAAUCAAGCAGUAGCCAUUGUGUCCUUAAGCUUGUUGAACAAUAUUUACUUUCAAUAGCCUUGUUGUUGGAAACUGAUUAUGUUCAGGACAUUGGAGUCUCAAGGUCUCCAAAGAUGGAAAAAAUAGUUUUGACUCUAAGCUUUUAGAUGAUCAUUCUUUUGAUAAAUUCAGCUGAUUUUUUUGUAAACUGCAUGAUUUUUUAAACAAUAUUUGCUAAAGGCUGGGACGGGGGGAGAUCUACCAACACCAUGGGGCUGUCUCUUAUGAUAACAUCCCCUCGCCUUCAAUCUAUUUCAUCUAGAUUAAAGCUGAAGUGAGUGAUUUGAUGGAUCAGUAUAUGAUUAUUAUAUUGACUGGAAGUAAAGUGAGUUUCUAAACACUGCCAUUUUCAGGGAGGUGACACAUGUAUACUAACCUUCUCUCCAUGCACACUCCCACUAGGUAGUGGUCGUAGCUUUGGUUUAUCGGGAACAAUGUAUUUGGCUGCACAUGGUGCCCUAAAUAGCAGUCUUUGCUUUGUGUUGCCUUCUCACAGUGGCAAUAGAGCUCGCCAUGUUAUACUGCCAAUUUUACUUUCUAUACGGCUACUGUUUUGCACUGUAUGUCUUUUAACCGGCAAUAGCUUGUUGACUUCUUUACACUAUGUUGACAGGCUUUAUUUAAGGAUGCUCAAUGCGCAGGGGAGCUUCUGUCCAGGAGCCCAACUGGUUCUUGGUAUUUACUUAAAGGAACAGUACAUGAAAGCAACAACCAUAUACUGUAUCUCUUCGUAGAGUAAACCGUAGUUAGCCAGUUUUCUAUUGCUGGCUCUCAGUACAACACCAAGAGAACAAUGGGAUAUAAACAAUAACUGUAAAAGUUAAUGGUCUGUAUAGGUGAUAAUAUUUGUUUAUAUGUCCUUUACUACGGGUCCAAUAAGAGGAAAAAGUAAGAUGUUUGAAUCCAUGAAAUCCAUGAAGUCUCUUAUCUUGGAGGAACCUCCAUGCAUAUACUGGAUGCUAGCUUCAGGAGUAGUUUCUAAAUGUUUUCAAUGUUAUUGUGUAGUUGAUAGCACUAUUAUGAAAAAGCUAUUUGUCAUUCCAUAGGUGUCUUUGCAGACAGCUUUGUGUAUCACUGUGACUGCCGUGCGUGCUUAGAGGUGUAGACUUUAUCAAUAGCGACAAGUUUGUUCUGUAGUGACGUUGUACUGCCAUUUCCCUUCCACAUGCUGAGAGAGUGCGUGGCAUCGUCAGUUCUAAUAACUGUGCAGUGGCUGGUUGGUUGAUUGACAGGGCUACACACAGGAGUUAUAGAAAAUUUUAUGGGAUAGCGAGAGUGGUGGGAUUCACACAGCAUUUCGUUGAGCACUGUGCAAUACUUGUAUGUUCAUCCCAUAGUGUUGUGUGGGUUGUGUUUGCCCGAGAAAAAAAAUAAUAUUUAAAGUUGACUCCUAUCAAGUCAGACGUGUUCCUCUCCAGUGAGAUGGUUAGGACACAGCACAUGUAGAUUCUGUGGUGGUUGGAGUCUGAUAUCUAAAAUCCUUCUGUUAAGGGUUCCCUCCUAUCCAGUUAGUUUUUUCUUGCACACAGAUCCAGCAUCAGAAAUUUCAGGACAUAUUGGGAUUGGGAAAUACCCAAAUAUGACACACACACACACACAAAAACAUUUAAAUGACCCCUCACCCUCUGAAAGUGCAUAUGUACAUAUUUUCAUCAUUUUCCAAAAAGUAAUUUAUUUAUCAUAUUGAAAUGGUCAUGAUUAUUACUGAAACGUAUCACAUUUUGUCAUGAUAACUUCAUCCAUCGUUGUAUCAACCUGAUCUACUAUACUAUACUAUAUCUAAUUAUGAUUAUUUUUUAUUAAUAUGUUAUGUUUACAACCCUGUUGAAAAUACUUUUAUAUUUGAAAUGAAAACUCUGAAUGUAAAGUAUGGACUGUGUGUUUGUGGUGAUUAACUGUGGGAUUCGUAGUUGCCACUUUUCUUUCAUUGUUGCAAAAAUAUGUUGAUUUGUGUGUGUUUUUAUUUAUUUAUUUAAAUACCCUUUUGGGUAGACAUUCCCCGGAUAAACAAUACAUUCCAGAAAGGUUGAACAUACAUUUAAUCACAGCAGAAUGUGCUCUAAUGAAUUACAUUCCCUCUUGAUCUAUAUAUUUGUUCAUUUUACAUAUUUAUUAUGCAUCCCUUAAAUCAUGAAUUACAAAAAAACACUUGUUUAAAUAAAACAUGGAUAAAACGUAGGCUCGGUAUUUUAAUGGAAUGAGCAACUCCGUAGGGGUACGACUAAAUCACCAAAGAAAGGCUGUAAUCAGUAUUUAAAUGGGAAGGAAAUCAAAAUGCUUCAACAAAGAAAAGGAAAGCGUCAAACUCUUGAGGGGCGGACACCACAAUAAGAGGCAGCAUUACAGGAUCAGAUUGUGAGGUGUGUAACUUACCACAAGUAAAGCCAUUAGCUGCAAUUUAAUGCUACUUUUACUGGUCCCCCCUACUAAAUCAUGGAAGCAAAACCCCUCACAUCCUAUUCAAGAAAAGCCCAUACAUCUCACUGUGUGACCAGAAACAUACACGAUUCUCUAAAAUGACAACAACAAAAAGCCACUCUAACCUUUCAAGACGAAGCUGUGUAAAGUAUUAGAGUCUGAUGCUGUAGAAAGAUCCUAGUUGCCUUUGUGUAUAUCAACUGCCUGCUUGAGUAUUUCUGUGUUGACAUUUUCUCUGUAAUCUUGUACAACUGUUUGGGCUGUUUUUCCUGCCAUAUCGCUCGCGGUGACAGCGAGCUGACAGAUACUGUAUAUUGCUGUGUAUACCUUCAUUUUUGAUGAGGUGUUUUACAGUUUUGUUUCACUUUGUGUAGUGACUCAUUCUGUGGAGUUUUUGACUGUUGUUAUAUAACUUCAUAUACACAAAUUAUCAAUAAAUUGUUUUAUUUCCUGUUGAUACAGAA